GAGACCACGCACAAGGAUGCGGUCGUUGACACGACUCCCGGGGCCACCGCGCACGAGAACGCCGUCGUUGACGUUACUGAGAACGCGAAGGAGACCACGCACAAGGAUGCCCUCCUUGACACGGCUCCUGGUUCGGAGGCCAUCGUGCGCAAGAACCCUGUCAUUGACGCUACGCAGACCACGCACAAGGAUGCCGUCGUCGACAUGACCCUCGGAUCAGGGGCCACCGUGCGCAAGAACGCCAUUGUUGACGCUACUGGGAACGCCACGUAUAAGGACGCCUUUGUCGACGCUACUUCUAGAUCCGAGAACGCCACGUACAAGGACACCUUUGUCGACGCUACUUCUAGAUCCGAGAAUGCCACGUACAUAGACGCCAUCGUCGACGCUACUCCUAGAAUCGGGAACGCCACGCACAAAGACGCCAUCGUCGAUGCUACUCCCAGAUCGGAGUACACCACGUGCAGGGAUGCCGUAUCAGAGGUGAAACUCCACAAGCAGGAGGAUGGCGUAAGAGCUGAGAAGCCAAAGAAUAUCGUAGCUGAUAUUUGGGAGGCUGAGAUUUGA